AUGAAGCUCUCCCUGCUGACGGCGCUCUUCAGCGCGGUACAGAGCUGGAUCGACAGCGAUGGCAACGCCGACAUCGCCCCGCGCUCGACGGGGCACCGGAUGGUCUCCAAGCCGACGAUGCACUAUCUCGACAAGAUUCGGCGCGAGUGGGACAUCCAAGGCUGCGGCAUCUCGGUCGUUAAGUCCACGGAGGAGGAGCACCGCACGCAGAUCAUUCUCUUCGGGCGUGCGAACGACAAGGAUCCUGUUACUGAGGAUCUCCCUUCCGGUCAGAAGCUGGACUGGGACACGAAGAUCGUCGACAUCCUUGGUGACGACUGGAAGCUCGAGGACGAGUAUGCGACGGCGCACCUGGACCUGACAGACUUGCUGAGCAUGCGCUCCGGGCUUCCUUCCCACGACCUAUGGUACAAGGACGUACCUCCCAUUGAGUCUAUCAGGGGCAUGCGCGACCUCCCCUUCUCUGCCGAGCCGCGAUACGCUUUCCAGUACAACAACCUGCAUUACAUCACGCUCUCGCACAUUGUGACUGUGCUCUCGGGACGGCCAUUCGUCGACUUUGUGCAGGAGAACUUCUUCGCGCCCCUCGACAUGCGGAGCACGACGUACAACUCGACCGCGGCCGGAUUGACAGGCAAGCGGAGCGACGGCUACUUCCACACCGACGUCGAGUACGCCAAGUGUCUCAAGCGAGGAGUAGGGAGCAAGUCGUGCGUGGGCAAGCGCCAGAAUCUGGGCUGGUGGAUCGAGGGCGACAGCCUGAACAAUGCGGGGCCCGGAGGCAUCAUGACGAGUCUCUGGGACAUCUCGGCCUGGCAGGGGGAGUACCUCCGCCCCUCCCAGACUGAACUCACCCCUGCCAUGAUCGCCAAGCUCGGCGACGCCGUCAUGCCCAUGGGAAGGGACCAUGAGCGCGAGCUCUCGGGGAUGUCCUACGGUCUUGCCCAGAUGACGCUGCAGUACCGCGGCGAGCGCGUCGUAAUGCACACGGGCGGCCUGCCCGGUCAGAUCAGCCAGAUCUGGCACAUGCCUGACCGCGGCCUGUCGGUUGCCGUUUUCACGAACGACGGCAACUACGGGCACCUCUUCAUGCGCGCCGCGACGAUGACGAUCGUCGACGAGAUUCUAGACUUGCCGCGGAUCGACUGGCGCGGGCGCGCUUGGGACACUGUCAAGAGGUCGUACUCACCGCCCCCGUCGCCCAAGCCAGAGAAGAGCAAGCGGGUCGAGGGCCUGUUCAAGCAUCCGGCGUACGGGACGCUGAACUUGACCCGCCUCGAGGACGAGGAGGUGAUGAGCUAUCUCCCUGAAGGCGUCGCGAGGGAGAAGGCUUCUAUCACGCCCAUGCAUGGCGCUUUCAUCGACCACCUCAUCUUCACGCCCUUCGAGGGAAGCUUCUACAACUGGACCGGCGCCAAGUACGAUCCGCCCAUGAUGGAGUCUGGCGUCGCUGUCGUCACUGACAAGGGCAUUGGCAUGUAUGGCCGCUUCAGCACGCCUGGGAAUGUGAAGCUGCCUGAGCCGAGCGAGAACCCGGACGACGCGGAGGUGUGGUUUGAGCGUGUAUAG